AUGAUGGUGAUAGCGAUUGUGAUGAUGGUGAAGAUGGUGGAGAUGGUGGUGAUGGUGGUGGUGAUGGUGGUGAUAGCGAUUGUGAUGAUGGUGAAGAUGGUGGAGAUGGUGGUGAUGCAAGUCCUCAUGAUCGAGGGCCGGGGGGUCACAGACAACGUGCCGCGGUUCUCUUCUCUGCCGCCCUUCCUGCCCGUGAGCUACCGCAUCCUCGGAGCCGAGACCUCCUUCUUCCUGAAGGAGGCCCACCAGGACGUCAUGCACAACUCCAGCCUGCACACCAGGGUUGAGUCCUUCUUCACCUACAAGGCCAAGAGGCCCCCGGUCCUCAACACCAGCUACGGGCCCUUCUCCGUGCAGAAAGUCGUGCCUCUGGAGCUGAUGGUUACUUCGAACUUUCUAGGUCCAACCAGUAAGUUCGGUCUCAACUGGAAGCUGAAGGCGCACAUCCUGCGGGACAAGGUGUACCUGAGCCGGCCCAAGGUGCAGGUGCUGUUCCACCUGCUGGGCCGGGACUGGGCGGCCCUGAGCCCCGGCGAGAGGCUGCCGUGCCUGCGCCUGUUCGCCUUCCGCGAGACCCGGGAGGUGCGGGCCGGCUGCCGGCUGCAGGGGGCCCUGGGACUGUGCGUGGCCGAGCUGGAGCUGCUGGCCGCCUGGUUCGGGCCCCCCAGCGUGGUGGCCGGGAGGAAGAAGGCGCCUGGGCUGCCCGAGGGGAGCCCCGUGGAGCUCUACUACUCCGUGCAGCCGGGGGACGCACGUGGGGACUGCGCCGGCGGCGACGUCCGGAAGGGCAACGCCAUCCGGCCGGGGAAGGAUGGGCUGGACGAGGCUGUGCCCCACCUGCAGAGGAUCGGUGCUGUGAGCCUCUACCGGGCCCAGGACACGGCCCAGCUCAGCGAGCUGCGUCUGGACAGCAACGUGGUCAUCUGGUUGCCCUCUCGGCCAGUCAAACAAGGAGACGUGGUCACUGCCUACGUCACUGUGGCCAGCAAUUCCACCGUGGACCUCUUCAUCCUGAGAGCCAAGGUGAAGAAGGGGGUGAACAUCUUGGGCACCCGGACCAGCGAGCCCCGGCAGUGGGACGUGAAGCAGGAGCUGGGCAACGGCGGGAAGCAUGCCACGACCACUGUGCUGUGCCAGCGCCUGGGGUCCAGCGUGCGCAACAGAAGCAGCAGCUUGUUCAGUGAGGUCGUGCAGAUGAACUUUGAAAUAGCCAGCUUCAGCAGCCUGUCGGGGACGCAGCCCAUCGCCUGGCAGGUGGAGUACCCGCGGAAGAUGACCACCGACACCGCCGUGUCCGAGAUCUUCAUCAGCCAGAAGGACCUGGCCGCCAUUGUUCCCCUAGCCACGGUGUCUGAUCGCUGCGAUUACAUCUUUGUCAAUGGCAAGGAGAUGAAGGGCAAGGUGGAUGCAGUGGUGAACUUCACCUACCAGCAUCUGAGUGCCUCCCUACACGUCACCGUGUGGGUGCCCCGGUUGCCCCUGCAGAUUGAGGUCUCUGACACAGAGCUGAGCCAGAUCAAAGGCUGGAGGGUCCCCAUUGUGGCCAGUAAGAGGCCCACGCGGGAGAGCGAGGAUGAAGACGAGGAGGAGCGGAGGGGCCGCGGCUGUGCCCUGCAGUACCAGCACGCCACCGUGGGUGUCCUCACCCAGUUCGUGGCCGAGGGCGCCGGCCCGUGGGGCCAGCUGAGCUACAUGCUGGGCCCUGACUGGCAGGUCGACGUCACCCACCUGGUGGCAGACUUCAUGAAGCUGGAGGAACCCCACGUGGCCACCCUCCAGGACAGCAGGGUCCUGGUCGGGCAGGAGGUCGGGAUGACCACCAUCCAGGUGUUGUCCCCACUGUCCGACUCCAUCCUGGCAGAGAAGACGGUAACCGUGCUAGAUGACAAGGUGUCGGUGACGGAUUUGGCCAUCCAGCUCGUGGCCGGGCUGUCGGUCACCCUCCACCCCAGCACGGAGAACAGCAAGGCCAUCACCGCUGUGGCCACAGCUGAGGAGCUAUUGCGGACCCCCAAACAGGAAGCCGUGCUCAGCACUUGGCUCCAGCUCAGCGACGGCUCGGUGACGCCGCUGGACAUCUACGACACCAGGGACUUCACCCUGACCGCCACCUCCCUGGACGAGGCCGUCGUGUCCAUCCCCCAGGCCCGCUCUCCCAGGUGGCCGGUGGUGAUGGCCGAAGGGGAAGGCCAGGGGCCCCUGGUCCGAGUGGACAUGACCAUCGCGGAGGCCUGCCAGAAGUCCAAACGCAAGAGCGUCCUGGCCGUGGGCAUGGGCAGCGUCAGGGUCAAGUUUGGCCGGAACGACGCUGACUCCAGCCCCGGAGGCGGCGGCGGGGACAGCGACGAGGGCGAGAUCAAGAACCACGCCAGCGACCGCCGGCCGAAGGGCCAGGAGCCCGAGGGGCCCCCCCACGGCGGGUCCUCCGGGGAGCGCGAGGAAGGGGCCCCCCGGAGAGGCGGCACCACGGCCAGGCCGCUGCUGGACAACAGGGUGGUGAAGAGCGGCCGGCCGGACGCGGGCAGGCCGUCGGGGGAGGGCCCGCCGCAGACCAUCCCCCUGGACUUCACCAACUUCCCGGCCCAGGUGGACCUGCCCCGGGCGGGGGGCGGGCUGGGGGCCAGCGACCUGGUGCAGACGCCGCGGGGCCUGAGCGACCUGGAGAUCGGCAUGUACGCGCUGCUGGGCGUCUUCUGUCUGGCCAUCCUCGUCUUCCUCGUCAACUGUACCACCUUCGCCCUCAGGUACCGGCACAAGCAGAUGCCCCCCGAAGGCCAGGCCUCGGUGACGCACGCGCACGACUGGGUGUGGCUGGGCAACGAGGCGGAGCUGCUGGAGCAUGCGGGCGGGGGGUCGCCGCCGCAGGACGAGCACACGACGGUCCUGGACCAUGCGCCAGGCGGCAGCGAGGAGAGCAGCUGUCUGCUUCUCAACGGCGGCGUCCAGCAGCACGUGCAGGGCCAGGUGCACCGGCCGGACGCGGCGGCCAGGCCGGCCAGGGACCCGAGGCUCGAGCCCCUGCCCUCGCCCACCUCCAAAAGGAAGAAGGUGAAGUUCUCCACCUUCACCACAGUCCCGCCGGACGACGGCUGCCCCGCCGUGAACUCCAUCCUGGGCGGCGGCGAGGACCUCAGAGACUACCUGGAGAAGCUCACGGACCAGGCGUAG